UUGCGUUCAGAUUAUUUCUUUCGGUUGUUCUUGUAUCGUAACUAGAGGGAGAUAUGCCCGAACCGGCCAAGUCCGCCCCGGUGCCCAAGAAGGGCUCCAAGAAGGCCAUCACCAAGACGCAGAAGAAGGGCGACAAGAAGCGCAAGAAGAGCCGCAAGGAGAGCUACUCCAUCUACGUCUACAAGGUGCUCAAGCAGGUCCACCCCGACACCGGCAUCUCCUCCAAGGCCAUGAGCAUCAUGAACUCCUUCGUCAACGACAUCUUCGAGCGCAUCGCGGCCGAGGCCUCCCGCCUGGCCCACUACAACAAGCGCUCCACCCUCACCUCCCGCGAGAUCCAGACGGCCGUCCGCCUCCUCCUGCCGGGAGAGCUGGCCAAGCACGCCGUCUCCGAGGGCACCAAGGCCGUCACCAAGUACACCAGCUCCAAGUAAAGUACGCGGGAGUGCAUCAAAGGCUCUUUUAAGAGCCACCCACUUAAGCAAAAGAAGAGCUGCUGUUAACUCUGAUGACA